GAGCGUCUUAAGAGAUGUACUGAAGCUAGAACUAAGUGAAUCAUGACUUCUUUCUUCUCCUCUUCUCAUGUUUUCUCUUCCUCCUCUCUGCAUAAUCCAAUGUUAUUGUUGCUGUUAGGAUUCACUAUCGUCUUCCAUGUCCAUGAGUGCGAGGCUCAAUUAACCACGACGUUCUAUGAUACCACUUGUCCGAACGUGUCGACUAUCGUGCGUGACCAAGUGAGACAGGCACAGAGUUCGGAUCUACGCAUCCUUGCGAGCCUCACUCGCCUCUUCUUCCAUGAUUGCUUCGCUAACGGUUGUGAUGGAUCGAUAUUGCUGGAUAAUAGCAGCACAAUCGUAACGGAGAAGGAUGCUGCCCCGAACAACAACUCUGUGCGGGGUUUUGACGUCAUAGACAACAUCAAAGUCGCCGUCGAAAAUAACUGCUCCGGCAUUGUAUCUUGCUCUGAUAUCUUAGCUAUUGCAGCUGAAGCUUCGGUGAACUUAGCAGGUGGGCCUACAUGGAGUGUCUUACUUGGAAGAAGAGAUGGAACUACAACCAAUUUAACUGCCGCAAAUAACCUUCCUUCUCCCUUCGAUAAUGUCACUAUCCUCCAACAAAAAUUUGCGGCUGUCAACCUUACCGUCACCGAUUUAAUCGCCUUAUCAGGAGCUCACACCUUUGGGCGUGCUCAAUGUCGGACCUUCAACCAGCGACUCUUCAACUUCAGUAACACAGGCAAUCCAGAUCCAUCAUUGAACACCACAUAUCUCUCCGCAUUGCAGCAGAGUUGCCCUCAAGGCGGAAAUAUCAGCGUCCUCAAUGACCUCGAUGUCUCCACCCCUGACACCUUCGAUAACCAAUAUUACACUAAUUUGCAGAGCCUGAGGGGGCUGCUCCAAACCGACCAAGACCUGCUCUCUGCCGCCUCCACCAAUGCAUCUACUGCCCCCAUCGUCAAUGACUUUGCUGCUAAUCAAACCACCUUUUUCGAGAGCUUUCUUGAGGCGAUGAUUAAGAUGGGAAACAUCGGUGUGCUCACGGGGAGCAACGGGGAGAUCAGGAGCAAUUGCAGGCAAGUGAAUGGAGCUAGUGACAUGUUAAUGAUUGAAGUUGGUGCUAAAAGAAGUUCUUCUGUUGAGAAUAUUUGAAUUCGAACUCAAUGACAUGUCUAGUGUCUUAAUUACCUCAACUAGGUGAAGUAAAUUUCGUUUGAGUGAAAAACUAAUCGAUUGAACAGAGCUGUUCGAUUUGGCUGGUUGUUUGUUU